AAACGGACCCAGUUCUCGCGGGAUUUUCAGGGUUCCAAACUGGGUGCGGGAGUGGUAAUGGUUGGUGCGUCGUGGCUGAACGCUGAGAGGAAAGUUUAGGUGUGGCAGUGUCAGCCUCCUGGCCUCCUUAGGCGGCGGCGACGGCCGGGCCCCAAACGACAGAGUGGUGUUCCUGGUCCGUUCGCCUCCGCCCUCUUCCCCCACCUGCUGGUGCUCCGGGCUCCGGGGCCAUGCUCGCCUUGGCCGCUAACCCCGGGCUGAAUGGAAUCCCCUGCCGCCCCAAGCCCCGGCCUGGACGCCGCCGGCCCAGACACAUGGCAUCCAGGAGAAAGAUGUCUUGCCCCUUUUCCAGAUAAUGAAAAACUUUGUGAAGCAAGCAUAAAAUCUAUCACAGUGGAUGAAAAUGGGAAGUCAUUUGCGAUUGUCUUAUAUUCAAAUUUUCAAGAAAGGAAAAUACCACUUAAAAGAAUUCAAGAAGUGAGAUCUAUUAAAGACUGUCCCAGCAAUUUUAUAUUUGAUGAUGAAGAUUUGGAAAAACCAUAUUUCCCAGACAGAAAAUUUCCUUCAUUUGCUAAUGCUUUUAAAUUAUCUGAAGAUGGAGAUUCUAUUCCUUAUACUAUUAAUAGGUAUUUGAGAGACUACCAGCGAGAAGGAGCCCAGUUUCUGUAUAGGCACUACAUUCAAGGAAGAGGUUGUAUUCUUGGUGAUGAUAUGGGUCUUGGAAAAACAGUACAGGUUAUUUCAUUUCUGGCUGCAGUUUUGCAUAAAAAAGGAACUCAUGAGGAUAUUGAAAAUAACAUGCCAGAGUUUUUACUAAGAAGUAUGAAGAAAGAACCCACUUCUUUUGCAGCCAAAAAGAUGUUUUUAAUAGUUGCUCCUCUUUCUGUCCUCUACAACUGGAAGGAUGAAUUGGAUACUUGGGGAUAUUUCAGAGUCAGUAUUUUACAUGGCACCAAAAAAGACAAUGAAUUGAUUCGUGUAAGGCAGAGGAAGUGUGAAAUUGCUCUAACAACAUAUGAAACACUGCGCUUAUGUUUGGAUGAACUCAACAGUUUGGAAUGGUCAGCCGUCAUUGUGGAUGAAGCUCAUAGAAUCAAGAAUCCAAAGGCAAGAGUAACAGAAGCUAUGAAAGCUUUGAAGUGUAAUGUCCGUAUUGGCCUCACUGGGACCAUCCUUCAGAACAACAUGAAGGAACUCUGGUGUGUUAUGGACUGGGCUGUUCCAGGACUUUUAGGUAGCAUGAUCAGCUUCCAGAAGCAGUUUUCUGACCCAGUAGAACAUGGUCAGAGGCACACAGCAACAAAAAGAGAACUAGCCACUGGCCGAAGGGCCAUGCGAAAGCUUGCAGAGCAGAUGUCUGGCUGGCUUCUCAGGCGUACCAAGACCCUUAUAAGUGAUCAAUUGCCAAAGAAAGAAGAUCGGAUGGUUUAUUGUUCUCUGACAGAUUUCCAGAAAGCUGUCUAUCAGACAGUGUUAGAAACAGAAGAUGUAACUUUGAUACUUCAAUCUUCUAACCCUUGCACCUGUAACAGUGGCCGGAAAAGGAGAAACUGUUGUUAUAAGACUAAUUCACAUGGUGAAACAGUGAAAACCUUGUAUCUCAGCUACCUUACAGUCCUUCAGAAGGUAGCAAACCAUGUCGCACUGCUGCAGGCCACUAGCACCUCCAGACAACAGGAAACACUUAUCAAAAGAAUAUGUGAUCAAGUAUUUUCCAGAUUCCCAGAUUUUGUUCAGAAGAGCAAAGAUGCGGCCUUUGAGACACUUUCUGAUCCUAAAUACAGUGGGAAAAUGAAGGUCCUUCAGCAGCUUUUAAAUCAUUUCAGGAAAAACAAAGAAAAGGUUCUCCUCUUCUCCUUUUCCACCAAGUUGCUCGAUGUGCUGCAGCAGUACUGUAUGGCGUCUGGGCUUGAUUACCGGCGACUUGACGGAAGUACAAAAUCAGAGGAAAGACUCAGGAUCGUGAAAGAGUUCAACAGUACACAAGAUGUUAACAUUUGCCUUGUCUCUACGAUGGCUGGUGGACUAGGCCUCAAUUUUGUUGGUGCCAAUGUUGUUAUAUUAUUUGAUCCUACUUGGAAUCCAGCCAAUGAUCUUCAAGCCAUUGACAGAGCAUAUAGGAUUGGACAAUGCAGAGAUGUGAAAGUGUUUAGGCUGGUAUCCUUGGGAACUGUGGAGGAAAUCAUGUAUUUACGACAGGUGUACAAGCAGCAACUUCACUGUGUGGUGGUUGGAAGUGAAAAUGCCAAGCGAUACUUUGAAGCAGUUCAAGGAUCAAAAGAGCAUCGAGGAGAGCUUUUUGGGAUCUAUAACCUCUUUACACUAAGAUCCCAAGGGUCUUGUCUUACAAGGGACAUCUUGGAGAGAGAAGGCCAAGUAGAAGCAGGGAUCAUGACAGCCACAACAUGGUUGAAAGAAGGACCCCCAGCACAAGAACUAGAAACACCCAAAGAGUCUGGCUGUCAAGAACCCAGAGGACAGCAAGGACCAAUAGCAGGGAGUUAUCUCUGCAGCGACCUUAGUGAUGAUGAAUCUAUGGAAACACCAAGAAUAAAGACCACAACACACAGAGCAUCUGACUCAAACAAAGCUUCAGCUUCUUCGGGACAGCUUACCUUAUUCCAUUGUGGUUUUUCUAAAUUAUUUGAGGCAACAUGUAAAGCAGUUGAGGGGAGCAGUGGACACUCUGCCUCUGGCAAGGACAGUUUGGAUGAGCAGCCCACAAGCCUCACCACAGAAGCCAGAGAUACUGGUUGUCAGCAGACUCAGGAUAUUGUUGGUACUUCAGAACAUCAGCAACCAGAUAGCACACCAAGUCCCAAUGAAAAAUGUGUUUUUGAUAAAACAGAGAUUUUAAGACAGAAUGUUUCUUCUGAGUCUGAUGAUGAGAAAAAUGUUAAAACUACAGCUGGACAUCAUUGCAUUUUACAGAAUGGCACAGAAUCAGAAGAUAGUGAUGUCAUUUUUCCCACACAGUACACAACUCAGAGGAUCCCCAACAAUCGUGUAAGGCUUAAGCUACCCUUAAAUGGAUCUGAAUAUUCUCACACAGAAAUCCCUGUAAAAAUAAGAAAGAACAAUGAUUGUAGAAAAAUUGAGAGAGGAAAUGGAUUAAUUUCACAAAGCUUAAGUCCUGAAGGCAUGACCCUGAAGUCUAUCACGAAAAGAGAAGGAAAUGGUGAUAUUAGUGAUGAAUCUGAUGAUAUUGACAUUUCCCCCAAGUCAAGAGUAAGAAGGCAAAGUUCAUUGAAGUUUAAGAGAAAAAAGAAAAAAAAGGAACUUAACAGUUUUUCCAAAACAUUGAAGAAAACAAACCCAUUAACAAAUGAAGAUUGUAACGCUCAGCUUAUUGAUGAAUUUUCAUCCUCAGAUGGUGAUUCAUCUGCCCGCCACCUCUGUUUCUCUAAACAGAAUCAUAGAACAAAAACUAUAAAAGACAGAAGCAGUUUCUUUUCAAAACUACCUAGCUGUGAUAGGGAAAAUAGCACUUUCAUACCGAGAAAACCAAUGAAAUUUUCAAGUGAGGGAGUUGUCCAUCAGCAACAGAUACAUGAAUCAAUGGAUAAGCUUUUAGAUGGUGUUCAGGAAGUGGCUUACAUUCACUCAAACCAGAAUGUGAUUGGAUCCAGCAAAGCUGAAAACUGCAUGAGCCGAUGGGCGGCACAUGAUGUAUUUGAGUUGCAGCAAUUUUCCCAGCUUCCUGCUAACAUUGCUGUUUGCAGUUCUAAGCCAUGUAAGGAAAAAAUAAAUGUGGAUACAGUGAUACAUAAAAAGCCAGACCAGCCACCAAAUGAAGAAGGCAUCCCAUUUCCCUUUUACAUUUCACACCCAGUAAGCCAAAAGAAGAAAAAAGUCUAUCGUACAGACCAGAAUAUAUUCAUAAUUGGAGAAACACCAAAAGGAAUCCGCAGAAAACAAUUUGAAGAAAUGGCCUCUUACUUUAACUUCCCUUCUGUAAAGGAAUUUGCUAAACAUGUAACUAACGCUACAUCAGAAGACCGACAGAAAAUGCUAAAAGGUUUUUAUGUUUCUCAGUAUCCAGAGGUAAAAGAAUUUUUGGGGGAUUCAGCUUCAGAGUUAAUCACAUCUGCCUACAACGAAGAAAGGAAAGUCAAGAAGAAAUCUAAAGAAAGAGAACCUCUUAUAAAAGAAAAGCUGUCAAAUUCUAAAACUUUGUCAUUUAAUGAGUCUACCAACAAAUUAUCCCAUACUUACAGCCCCAAAAUAAAUAAAGGAAAGUUAGUUAGGUUUCGAGAUCAUGAUUCCUGUAGAGAAGAAACACUUUCUAAUGAUGCAGAAGUUAAGAAAUCACCCACUAGCUCUACUCAAGAGAUUGACAGGGGGAAAAACAGCCAUACAUCCAGAGACACUGUAGCCUCUCGCUUCCUGCACAGGAAGUCCAAGGCCCAGGAGAGCACAUUAGAGAAUACACUAGAAGACCGAUUGGACUUCACAAGAACAGCCAUUUCAAGAAAUGGACACCUUUUCAAAUUGGAAAACAGAAAGAUAGAAAAUCCAAUAUUAGAAAACUCUUGUAUGGAAGGCUUACUUGGUGAUACUUCUAUUCUUGAUGACCUCUUUAAAAGUCAAGGGAACAGUUGCACAGAACUGCCAAAGAAAGUUCUUUCAGAGCCCAAGGAGAAAGCAAAGCAGAGACCAAAGGAUUUCUGGGACAUCCUGAAUGAGCAGAAUGAUGACAGUCUUAGUAAACUCACUGACUUGGCAGUGAUAGAAACACUGUGUGAAAAAGCACCCCUCCCUGCAGCCUCUUCUAGAAGGAAAGAAGGACUGGAGCUGUCUCUCUGGAAACCAAAUGAGAAGUUCUUGUGGAAGACAGUUAACCCAGGAGACACAGAUGAAAAUGCAACCUGUACACAAAAGGAGUGACACAGACACAUAAUUGGAUUUGUAUACCAGUGAAUCACUGUUCUCAGUGUCGACAGGACUAUAUUCCACUAAUUCUAUUACCUUGAACAUCAUUUCAACAUAUAUUUUUAUUAAAUUUUGCUUUAGGAUUUUUUUAGUCUAAAAUAUCAUGAAUUUGCUUACCUUGAUAUCUAAUUUGAUCUCUUAUAAAUCUGACUGUACUAAAGUAUAAACUUUUGUUAUGAAAUGAAAAAUAUUGUAGACUUUUUAUCAAGAGACCUGGUGUAUCUCUCCUACUGGGUUAGGACCUUAGAGAAGUCACCUGCCCUCAUGUGUAUCCACUUCCUAACAUGAAAAAGUACGGGGUUGAACCAGGUCAGCAUAAGGAAGGAUACUUCCAGUUUAAAAACCUUGGUUCUUUUUCCCAAGUUGCAUUUGAAUCAUAGGUCAAAUCAUGCCCCCAAAUCAGAUGUCUAUUGACAUGUUGGCACACAUUUAGAAAAUGAAUGUUUUCCUAUUCCCUUGGCAUCAUAUUCUAUUAUUAAGUUAUUCUAGGUGAAAUUUGUAAUUAGUACUGAAUAUAUGGUGGUGUUGAAAUGGUAAUUUAUAGUAGCUCAAAAUCAAAGGUUAGCACUGAGGAUUUAGCUCAGCAGUGCUGCCACGUGCCUCUCAAGGUCCUGAGUUCAAUCCCUGGUACCAAAAAAAAAAAAAAAUCAAAGGUUAAUGUUAUAACUAUAUGAAACAUGAUGCUAAAGUAAUAGGAUUUUUACCAUUAGCCACAGAUACCAAUGCUUCAACUUUUUUUAUGCAACUAUUGGGAUUUUAUUCAAUGCAAGUAAAGCCCUAUAUAUUACUUUGGUAUUAAGUAAAAAGAAAUGAGUAAAUAUUUAGUUUGGAACUAAUAUUUUGUUGAAUUAAUUUAUAUGGCUCAUAUCCAAACUGGAAUGUGCUAUUGUUGAAUUCAUUCCUUUUGAAACAUUCACCCCUAUAUUUUGUGCAAACCCCAACUGUUUAGGUGAGAUUCAGCUACCAGUAAAAGCAAGGAGAUCAUAUCUAUAAAGAGGUGUAUAUAGGAAGCCCUGGGCAUCAUGCCUGACUCAACAAAGGCAGGGACCUGAGGCUGGUUCUGAUCCACAUUCAGAUGAACUCUUGCAAGUUUUCCCUCAGUGAAGCUCACGGUUAUGGCAGGAGGAAGCAGUCAUCCAUAAAAUGGCAGUGAGUCAAGCUGUGGUCAGAGAUCACUAUUAGAAAAGGGACUUGGGACUGUCUAGGAUAUAAAACCAUCACUUAGAAGUGAAACAUACACAUACCAAAAAAACCAAAGUGUCUUUUUCUCAAGAGCUGGAAUGACCUGGUAUGUUUUUCUUUAAGGUAAUCUUUUAUCCCAGAGAACUGUGAAAUA